AUGAAUCUUCCACUCAUUGACCCGGCCGUCCUGGCCCAGGACACACCCGAAGCUCCAGCUGGAAGGCUCCAUAGCGGCCACUCGACAUGUAUGCGAUUCAAUCACCGCGGCGACUACCUCGCCUCUGGACGGGCAGACGGAUGCGUAGUCAUCUUUGACCUCGAGACGAACGGCGUUGCGCGAAAGCUUACCGGUCACACGCGCCAGGUACAAUCCUUGAGCUGGUCCGCCAACGAUCGCUACCUGCUCAGCGCUUCACAAGAUUGGAGAUGCGUGCUCUGGGAUCUGAAAGACGGCAGACGGAUACGGACCGUCAGGUUUGGGGCACCGGUUUUCAUCGCUGAGCUCCAUCCGCGCAACCACCUGAUGUUCGUAGCUGCUCUAUUCGAGGACCAGCCCGUCCUGGUGGAUAUGGCCAACGAUAUUCCAAAGAAGCACGUUCUUCCCUCUGCCCCUCGCCGAUCGCAAGUUGAACGGGACAAUGCGACCGAGAAGCAAACCGCGCAGGAUGCGAAGCAGACAACGACUGUCACCGUAUUCACACCCACCGGGGAUUACAUAUUAUCAGGGACCAACAAAGGGUGGCUCAAUAUCAUCGACACGGAAACUUGCGACGUUCGCUAUUCGAUGCGGUUGUCCAAUAACCUUGUCAUCUUCAUUCGGUUGACUGCAUCCGGCCGGGAUAUGGUUGUCAACUGCAGUGACAGGAUUAUUCGCACAUUGCAGCUACCUGAUCUCACUGACCCCAAGCUCGACUUUGACAGCAUGGCUCUCACCACCGAACACAAGUUUCAAGACGUUGUGAACCGCUUGUCCUGGAACCACGUUUGUUUUAGCUCGACUGGCGAAUAUGUCACGGCAUCGACAUAUAUGAACCACGAUAUUUACGUCUGGGAGAGAGGACAAGGAAGUUUGACAAAAAUCUUGGAGGCAAGAGAAGAGAUUGCAGUCGUGGAAUGGCACCCUCAUCGCCCAUUUGUGGCAGCUGGUGGUAUUGAGUCCGGCAGAAUCUACCUGUGGUCCAUUCUCACACCUCAACGAUGGUCUGCCCUUGCGCCGGAUUUUGUCGAGGUGGAAGAGAACGUUGAGUACGUCGAGCGGGAGGACGAAUUCGAUAUCCAGCCUCUCGAAGAGCUUCACAAGCGUCGCCUGGAUCUGGAAGACGAGGACGUUGAUGUUCUCACAAUAGAGCCUGGCAAAGCAGAGUUUGAGCCGGCGGAAUUCCAGAUGCCUAUUGUGCUGGAUCUUGGUGGGAGCGACAGUGAAGAUGAGGAGAUCAUGAUUGGAGCCGGUCAAUACCGCCGGAAGAGUCCUGGCGCUGGCAAAGAAUGGAUGAAUGGCCAGGAUGGCAGCGGAGAUGAGAAGAAGAGUACGACAAAUGGCACAGCGAGGUCGCAGAGUGCAAGCAAAAAGCGCAGGGCAGACUGA